AUGGCGUGCCCAAUGGGAUAUGGAGUUCGGUUUUACGAAGGCGAAACGGAGGACAACAAUGAGGCAUCCCAAAAAGGGGCAAACAAAGCUGCGAGUGGAAAUGGAGUUUCUUAUCAGGAAUAUCUUCAGGUAAAUGUGCAUAGGUUCUAACGUUUGCCUUUGCGUAUUUUAAAAUUGGCUCGGUUGAGAGGAGAAGGCCCGUACGAAGCUCAGUUUUUCAUUACAUAAAACCGGGAUGAAUUUAGAUCAGAGUUUUCUAGGGGAUGCAUGAUUUUUUAGCCCGCGCUUGGCAGAAAGCCAACCAAUAUCUUCGGAUUGAAGGCAGUCAAAAAUACGACAUACUACUGCACAUUGUCUUUCUGAUAUACAGGGUGUUUCAAGAAAGUUUCAAGAAGUAUUUAAUAGGGCCAUUUGCUAAAAAUAUAUCUUUUCGAGCAGGCAUCUCAAAGAUACAUACAUAUGAGCAAAAGUCCUUUACCGCUGUUUCGGUAAGGCCAGCUAAUUUUUUCGGCUGGUUCCGCAAAGCACGAGCUCAAGUUUUUGGAAGGUAUAUAUGGUUAGAAAGAAAACGUCCGCAGAAUUUGAAAAAAAAUUGAAACGUUGCGUCAAAGCACUUCCCUUGCUUAUUACUAGACUUAUGUAUAAUAAUAUAACAGAACCAUAUAACAGAACCGUCGCCAAAUUUGGCUGUGUUUGCAAAAAAAAUAAUUCUUUCCUUUUUUUAGCUCGACAAAGUUCUCGACGCUCAACAACUCCGUUCCGAGACACACGGGACGUUCGCCGUCCCCGACGAGCACCUCUUUAUCAUCACUCAUCAGACCUACGAGCUUUGGUUCAAGCAGAUCAUCUACGAUAUCGACCAUGUUCGGAGUCUGCUCGAUCAUAAAUACGUGGAUGAAACGAAGACCCUUCAGAUUGUCAGUCUGCUGGAGCGCACCGUCCGCAUCCUCAAACUGCUCGUGGAUCAGAUGCUGAUCUUGGAAACGAUGAGUCCCUUGGAUUUUGUGGAAUUCAGAAGUUAUCUAACUUCUUCGUCCGGCUUUCAGAGUCUACAAUUUCGAUUACUGGAGAACAAACUCGGCAUUGAAGCGCAUAAUCGGGUAAAAUACAACGCGCAGAAUUAUCGACAAGUCUUCGAAGGCGAGAAGGAGAUCGAUAGACUACAAAGUAGCGAAGAGGGGCCCUCGCUCUUCAGAUUAAUUGAUGUAAGUUUUGAGACUAAUACCGUGUGAGUUAUGCUGCAAAACUGUAAAUUUUUUCUUAUUUAUUCCAAAAGUCACGGAGUAGUUUGUAUUUUAAUCACUAGGAAAUUGAUUGAGGAAUUUUCGCAAAAAAGUUUAAUAAUGCCAUCAUGGAAAGUUUAAAGCACAAAAGAAAAUGAUAUCACUUUUCUUGCAAAGAAGUUCAAUCGUUCCCUGUAUGGAAAAAGAAGAUUAAACCAGUUAGAUUAUCGAAACGAUACACACAAAAUUUGUAGCCAUUGUGAAGACAUAGAUGUUGUAUACAAAAGGUCAGUAAAUGAGUAUGUAUAACAUAAAACUUAUGAGAAUAACAAUAGAACAACUGCGUUCAAGCAAUACAUGAACGGAACUGAAUUAUAAAUUAUCCUUCUUGUUCUUGCACAUGCUUCGAGAACAUGCCGUCGCGGAAUGCCAAGACCGCAUCCAAUGUUUCACUCCGGGAAUCAACAAGACUUGUUUUGUCCUGUUAAAAAUCUUUUUGAAGGCCUAUCUUGACGUCAUAGCUUUUGUCCCGGAUCAGUGCGACUUCUGUACAGAGCUGGGAAAGGGUUUGCAUUAGUUAUAGAUCAUUUGUCGACUGGCUUUACUGCUCUCCGCUAAACUACCGUUUUCUUAGAAGGGGAAAAGCCUUAACAUGCUGUAGUUUCGCUGCAAAUUUUUAUGGAAAGUUAAAUGGUAAACUAACUUCUAGCGGCUUUAGGUCUGUCGAAUUGAAAAGUACCGUAUUUUCUGUCCCUUGACUAAAAUUUUACUAAAGUCUUGUGCUGACAAUCCUGUAUUUUACCCAAAAAAUAUUAAAAACACAAUGACUCUCUCCCAUAAACCACUAACCCAAAAACACGACUUAUCUCUCAAAUUUCAGCGUUGGUUAGCCAGAACCCCAGGAAUUUUUGAGGAGGAAAAUGAGCCCAACGAGAAUAUUGAUCAGAGCCUUCCGGAGAGCCCGGACUCGGACAGUCCGCCAAUUUUGGAGGCUCGAAACAACUUCUGGAACCGCUAUUUGGAUGCGGUAAAUCAUUUCCUCGGUGAUAUGCACAAGGAGACGUUAGCCUGUCAGACGGAGGAAGAGAAGGAGCAAGCGUUGGCUGAAUACAACAAAACGAAACGUUCGUUUGAUACGAUCACUGACGCGAAGAUCUAUCAGAUCUUUUUGGAUAAAAGUACGGGGAUUUUUAGACUUUGUAAAGACGUCUGAACAAACGCUGACGUAUUUUAAAGCAAACUGAUAAAAUUGCUUUCAGAAGAACGCAGACUCAGCCACGAUGCCCUGAAAGGCGCGUUGAUGAUUUAUUUCUACCGUGACAUGCCAAGAUUCUCUCAGCCCUAUCAAAUUCUGACCUAUCUUAUGGACAUUGACUCGCUUUUGCAGAAAUGGAGAUGUAAGUUGACAAUUUAUUGUUUGAAGGGAUGUAACGAAGUGAACCCUUUUUUAAAAGCUGUCUCUAAUGCAUCGAUAACUGUCCAAGCAACUCCGCAUUGCAUUAAACGUGUCUUGCGCAACACAGAGUUUAGUACAUCAAAAAAUUCAAUCCCCGGCUCAGCCCCCAUGUGGUGUAGGAUCAAAUAUAGAUAAGUAGAGGUAAUGGAUCGACACACGUUAGAAUUAGGUUUAUUGCAACCGCACACAUGGAAAAGAGAAAAAUGGGAUUAAUUAUUCUAAUUGGUGACGAGACGUUGCUUUUAUAUGACUUGGUUUAUGCUAAUUUCUGUGGGAAUUGUGGAGACGUUUGACGCUCCACAACAAAUCUUUUAUUCGAGACACAUAAUGCCGGCGAAAUUUUUAGCUAGCCCUUUGCAGAAACGAUCAUGAUUUCGCGGGAAAAAUAAUUGAUCUGAUGACCUGUUUUGAUGAUUUUUGUAUAGUUUAUACUCUCCGUCUAUCGGGAAAAUAAUGGGCACUAUGUCGAUGCGCCAAAUGCGUCGCUGAAAUGAAAAGCAAUUUGGUUUCCCCGCGACACAAUUCAUUUUCUCGGCGUUGAUGCUAUUUUUUAUACAGCAAAGGGCUCAUUAUUUUCCCGACGGAGGAAUAAUACGUAGUUCAAACUCGCUGAAAAACAUUAACCAAAGCAUCUAAAAAUAUUCCUUGGUCACUUUUUUGACAGACUUGUACUAUUUUUCCCCUCACUUUUCCUCCUAACCCCACCAAUUUUUCAGACAACCACGUAAUGCUGGUCCAGCGAAUGUUGGGCGCGAAGCAAGGCACUGGCGGAAGUUCCGGCUACCUCUACCUCAGAUCAACGGUCAGCGACCGCUACAAAAUCUUCCUGGACUUUUUCAACCUGUCCACCUGGCUGAUUCCUCGGGCUUACAUCCCAAAACUGUCGCCAAACAUGGUCAAAACUUUGUCCGAGCACUCCAACUUGAAUCAUUACAAUUACAACUCGAUAUAA